UUUUUGCCUUGUUUUUUCCCUGUAUGAAUUAAAGGUUAGUUCCUACUUCCUAAUCAAUGGCGAAGAGACAAAAGUUAAAAGUGCUAAGUGUACUUGACGUAGCAAAGACACAAUGGUACCACUUGAAAGUUUUCAUGAUUCUUGGUAUGGGCUUCUUUACUAAUGUCUAUGAGCUUUUCUCCAUAUCUGUGGUGACCAAAAUCUUAGGCCGUCUCUAUUACACUGAGCCAAAUCCAACUAGCCCAGGGUUUAUACCCAUGAAUGUGGCCUUGUGUGGUACCUUUGCUGGGCAACUCAUCUUUGGGUGGUUAGGUGACAAGUUAGGAAGGAAAAAGACACCAGCCCAACAAGCUACACAGCAGAACCAGACUGAACAACACAAGGUUUGCACAAAAGAACUGCACAACAGCAAGCCAGCCUGAGCAGAACAGUAUGCCUGACUGACUGCAAACCUGCAAAACUACGCAACACCAAGACUGAGCAGUAGCAGCAGCUACAACAGCAGGACCUCAAGAACUUUCAGUUUUCAGAUUCAGUAGCAGUAGCAGGACCUCAACAUCAGGACCCCAACAACAGUAGCAGUAGCAGCAGAUUCAGUUUUCUCAUGUUAUCAAAGCUGUAGAUUCUUAAUCUUUCGAGUUUAGUUCCUCUUGUCAGUUAUAGAUUUAGAUUAAGACCCCAAGAACUUUCUUUUUUCCUUUGAUAUAAUAUUCAGGCGUGAUGAGAAGCAAAGCAAGUGAUGCUUACAAGUACAAUAGCUAAAGAAUUUGUACUUGGUAUUCAUUUAUUGGUAAU